AUGGAAGAAACCAUCAAUUCGCUGAUAUUGAAACAGUACGUCUUUGAGAGAUAUCUUGAUAACAGGCAGUCCGCAGACCUUUAUGUCUUAGACGAAGUCAAGAAAGUGUCUGCCGUUCAAGUCACUUUAAAUGAAACGGUCGAGUCGUCAUCCAAAACAAUCGAACAGCUUCAAAAGGAAACACAACGCCUUACAACUGAAAACAACGCACUCAAACAAAUGGUUGGUACACUCGAGUCACAAAUAGCCGCAAAAACAAAAGCGGAGGUUGAGAGCUCAGAUGCUAUUAAGCACCUCACCGACCGUCUUGUCGCCUUAGAACAAUUAGUCCAUUCCCUUUCAACCACAUCGACUUUUGGAGCCAAAGAAGUAACUCAUGAAAUAGUCAAAGAAAAGGCAAAGCCAUUUGAGCAUCAUGAAGAACCUCACGUGGAACUCAUCGAACCACAAAAGCCAACUGCCGUCGUUCAAGAACCGGAAAAGGUAGUUGUAAAGCCUUCAGAAAAAACGACGACGGCGACAGUAAUCAGUGAACUUAAAAAAGAGGAAGAGCCAAAAGGCGUCGAAGAGAUCUUAGACACGCCAUUUGACAAAACAGUGAUCGACGCAAUCGAGAAAAUGGCGGAGAAGAAAGUGGUGGACACCUUUUAUAAAGGCACUGACGAGGGUUUUAGUGCAGAGGAGUUCAAUCGAUGUGUGGGAUCCAACAAGAAGGUGUUAGUCAUAGUGAAGACUACUAAAAACGACAUAUUUGGCGGGUAUUGUUCCGAGUUUCCGAUCGUCGACGACGUCGCGAAAGGGGUUUUUGGUGACAAGGAGCAUUUUGUGUUUCGUGUGAAAGACGGGAAAGCCACCAAAUACAUGAAGCGUGACAAUUCCUCAUACUCGACUUGGGCCUUUCCUGAUGAUUCCGAGAACAUUUUGUCGUUUGCUGGGGCCUUUGUCAUCAGUGGAAAUUGUAAAGCAAAUGAGGAGAGUAGGAUCUCUGGCAAUUUUAGUCGAGAUUAUGUUGAUAAUGGGGAAAAGCUCUGCAGUACUCCAACAUUUGCUGUAGACGAGAUGGUCGCCCUUCAGAUGAAUUGA